CGAUUGUAUCGAGUGAAACAUGGAAACACCGCUGAAGAACAAAGUGCUUACGAAACUGCAGCAGCAAGCGGAUGGCCUUCAGACGCCGGCGGCGGCCAGUUCCUCCGCAGGGAACGACCGCACCGCUCGACAUUUGACCAGUGUGACGAGGCUACCGUCGUCUCCGUUUUUGAAAAAGCUGGGCUUCGGCACGGGUGUGGAAGUGCUCCGGAUAAAGCGAUCCCCCACGAAGAACUGCACCCGCUCACCAUGGGCCAUCAAGAUGCUGUCCCGGCGGAACGAUCCGGAGCAUGCGAAGCUAUUCGGGGACCGUCUGACGGAGGAAGCCGGUAUCCUGAAGCAGCUGAGCCAUCCGAACAUCGUCGGAUACCGGGGAUUCGACUCGCUGGAAGCCGGUAAGGAAUAUAUUGCAAUGGAAUACUGCAACACUUCGCUGGGGGAUUUACUGCAGACGCGGUACGACGAGGGGCUGGGACCGCUGGAAGCGGCUAAGAUCCAGCGAAUGUCGUUGGACAUUCUGAACGCACUGGAUUACCUGCACACGGAAGCGCUGAUCCUACACGGCGAUUUGAAGUCCUUCAACAUUCUGGUGAAGAAUGACUUCGAGGUUUGCAAGCUGUGUGAUUUCGGCGUCAGUUUGCCCCUGACGAAGGAGGGCUUCCUGGACACGGAGAAGAAAAAGGACGCCCAAUACGUGGGAACGGGCAUAUGGUCCGCGCCGGAAGUCCUGGAAGAAGAUGUCACGCUCAUAAGCUCUAAGGCGGACAUUUUCAGCUUCGGAUUGGUGGUUUACGAGACGAUUGCCCUGCUGCCGCCGCACACCUUCCCGGGAAUGAUGGACGAAAGCAUUGCCAGCUCGGCGGAUUACGCCGUCAUGAAAUCGAUCAUCAGGGGAAAUUCCGAAGGUAAACCAACCAACCGAAAGCUGGACGUCAGCGAGGUGAUCGUGCUGGACGAGGAAACGGACGGCGAAAAGGACAUCUCGGUGUCCGGAUCGACGAAGAAGAGAAAAAUCUCCAAACCCCUAGAGGGAGAACAACCCGCGAAGAAAGUGGUCCCGGAACCGGAUUCCACGACCGACAGCACGGUGAUAACCGUGGACGACAGUAUUACGACGGUGAAUGACAGUGCGAUCACCAUCGAGGACGAAGAGGACGACGACGAUGAGGAUGAAGAGGAAGACGAGGAGUACGAUGAGGACGAGGAGGGGGAUUACCUGGAUUACGGAAGGCUCGGAACCCGGCCGGCCAUUCCGGAUGGUGUCAACCUAUCCGAUGAGUACAAUUUUAUUCUGGAGAUGUUUUACGUGUGCACGCAGGAGGACUAUGAAGCGAGGCCCUCGGCCAAGACUCUGCUCGAUGCUUGGCACAAGAAGACGGGAAACGGGGCACUGACGGUGGCGGUGUCCGCGGUAGAAUGUGAUGGUAAAGAUCUGAACAGGAACGAAGCGAGUGAGGCUGAGGGGCAGACGAAGACGGACGAGGAGAAGGAAGGUAAGGAAUAGUGGUUGAGAAUCGUUACAGAGUAAGUUAAAUUUAAAGGCAAAUCAAGUUUCCAACGUUUAUCCCCAAUUAAGCGGACAAAAUAUAUUUUCAACAGUUUCCAAUAUUAACAAGAA